AUGACGUUUGAACAACGUCAAGGAUCCAGCGGGGUGUGUGCUGUGGCGGCCGUUUAUGGAGCUACCCUUCCGCUCGCUCAGCGCCAUCCCCUGCACAUGUUGUUCAUGGUGGUGGCAGCGUGCAUGUUUUUGGGCAAUCUUCAUCAUGCCACGGGAAAACCAUUCUUAGUCGGAUGCAACCCCAUGAUUACCCCGGCUGGAAGGGGCCUUGAUAUUGUCUUUGUACCCUUUUGGAUCGCGAUAUUUGUGCUCAAUUACAUGGGCUUCCAGGACUCCAAGGCAGCCAUUGGAAAGUCGAACUAG